CAAGCACUAAAGCUUUUAGAGAAAACGUCUGACUAAAAACACAUUAUAGCACGCACGCUUGUCGACAACUUGUCAAACUUUCAAAAUAUAAAAAGGAAUCAAUCACAGUUAGCAAUUACACCUGCAGGAAAUUUCUUCAGAGAUCAAUUACUGGCUCAAAUAUACUAGAAGUGAAGCCUGUGAAUAGGAUCGAAUAGUUAUACAUUUAAUGAAGUAUCUGUGCAAGAUAAUUCCAGAUACUUGUUUAUUCAUAUCAGAAAAAAAAGUUCAUUUUACUCUUAAAAGUAUCUGCUACGGCAGACUAGACACUUGGAAUUCGUCCUUUUAAAACGGCUUCAAAAAUGAAUGGAUUUGUAAGACAAGGUGUCGUUCGUGAUGAAAACGGUAAUUUGAUAAUCCCCCCGACCCAACGACCCGAUGGUACAUGGAGGAAAGCCGUCCGCGUUAAAGAGGGAUAUAUUCCUCAAGAAGAAGUUCCACUUUACCGAUCUUCUGGUGUACAAAUCCUUGAGAAGAAAUCACAGUUCGUCAUCCCAGGUUUGACGAAAGAGGAUGCGAACAAGCUAAAGCUAGAACGACAAAAACAGCCACAAUCUGAUACAUCAGCAUCAAACCCAGUUCUUAAAAAGAAAAAGUCUAAGAAAUCGAAAUGCAAACAAACUGAUUUCCAAUCUUCAGGAACAUCAAAGCAAACAGAACUGGAUUCACCAAAGCUUACAACUUUACCUAUUUACUCUGACAAGGCAAACAUUGAAAUUCCAAGUGAUGCAACCGUGACUACCACUGAAAAUAUUAAUCGACAGCUUAGACGUGAGCAGAAACGAUUACUCCAAAUAGAAGAGAUAGAGAAAAAGAAACAAGCUGGAGAGAAUUUAAACAAAGACCAGCUGAUAAAGCUAGGCCACAAACAAGCUGUUGAACAGCUCAUUGAACAGUUGACGUUACUUAAAACUAACUGACGUUUUCUUGCCAUUUUUCAACAGCAGAAUCGAUUUCAUUUUUUGUACUUUUUCUGUUCAUCCCGCUCCGCGUUGUUUCAAGUGUUUGUAAAUCAAAGACAACAGAACCAAACUAGAAAAGAUUAAGAAUGCACUGAUGAAUUUAUUUAAUAAUUAGUCCACUACCAAUAAGCAUAUGUUGUUAGUUAAUAAUACCAAAUCAAACAAACGAAUGUGGUGUAAAGGCAUUUGUGCAUUUUCAAUAUAUAUGCUUUUUUACAUCAGCGUUUUAUAAACUUCAUUUGUUAUAUGGAAAAAUAUGGUACUUUUAAUAUCUUUUACAAUAUGUUUGUAUAAUCGAUGUAAUAUAUAAAUUAUAAUUA